GGAGACGGAUGAUCCACUGUGGCGACCCCAAAUAGGAGAAGCCGAAAGAGCAAGAAGAGUGUAGGCUGUGCGAAAGGGGGCAUGGCCUGCCCGAUCAUGAGUGGGUGGGCGUGGCCUGUUAGUUCUCGUCUGAGCAAGAAGUCCCUUCGAAGGGGCGUGGCCUGUUCGAGUUUCUGCCUGUCAAUCAGCGAAGGGAGGCGUGGACUCACAGAAAAAUGCAGCUUUCACAACAAGCCUCUGGGUCGUAUUCGGCACAAUUGGAUUUCCCUUACUAUUAGGAACCGAGGAACGGAGCGGCUGCUGUAUGUCCUGUUCAUAUUUCCGUUUUAUACCCGGAUGAAGUAAAACGCGUGGAGCAUUUUGAGCGGUAAUCAUGAAGCCUUUGUGAUAGGAUGAGAAGCCCAGUGCCUCGGUUCCGGGACGUCGAGAAGCAGGCAGGCAGCUUGCAACCUGUGCAGUGUGUUCCUCCCUGUCAUGACAGACAGAGCACCAUGUGGUUUGUUCGAGAUGCCUGUGGCAUUGUCUGUGGCGUUAUCACAUGGCUGCUUGUUCUCUUUGCGGACUUUGUCGUACUGUUUGUCAUGCUGGUUCCAUCCAAGAACCUCACCUACAGCUUGAUGAACGGUGCAGUUUUUAACAGUCUCGCCUUUCUGGCUUUGGCAUCGCACUUCAGGGCCAUGUGCACAGAUCCGGGUGCUGUACCAAAAGGAAAUGCCACAAAAGAAUACAUAGAAAGCUUGCAGCUGAAGCCAGGUCAGGUAGUAUACAAAUGUCCCAAAUGCUGCAGCAUCAAGCCUGACCGAGCUCAUCACUGCAGUGUCUGCAAGCGGUGCAUUCGAAAGAUGGACCACCACUGCCCGUGGGUCAACAACUGUGUUGGUGAAAAUAACCAGAAGUACUUUGUGCUCUUCACGAUGUACAUUGCACUCAUCUCAUUGCAUGCCCUGGUCAUGGUGGUUCUCCAUUUUUUGUACUGCUUUGAAGAUGAUUGGACAAAAUGCAGUACCUUCUCACCUCCAGCAACAGUCAUCCUCCUCAUCCUCCUGUGUUUUGAGGGCCUCCUCUUUCUCAUCUUCACCUCUGUGAUGUUUGGCACCCAAGUCCAUUCCAUCUGUUCGGAUGAGACGGGUAUAGAGCAGUUGAAAAAGGAAGAGAGAAGAUGGGCUAAAAAAACUAAAUGGAUGAACAUGAAGGCGGUAUUUGGACACCCCUUCUCAAUAGCAUGGUUUAGUCCAUUUUCUACACCUGACCAUGGGAAAGCUGACCCCUACCAGUACGUGGUCUGAGUUCAGGAAGAAUAGACCCCUCCCCCCCCCCCUUCCCUAUCCAGCUUUACGGUAGAGACUGGAGUGGACCUGUUUAACUCCAAAAACCGCUCGCCAGCAUCUGUGAUUGUAAUCCUGACUUGAACAAUGUGUCUUGCAUUAAAUUUACCAGUGGGACUAUUUUAUUGCUGUAAUGAAACUUAUAUGUAAAACAAUUAUCCCAUAUCUUAUAUCCUUGCAUCCAUUCUAUAUUUUCAGAGAAGGUGCAGUUCAGAAGCUUAGCUCAUUUUACACCAGAUGGAGUAGCCACUUAGGCUCGGUUGCAGUCCUGCUAGCAUGGCGUUAAUCACUGAAGCCUUUGACUGCACAAUGAAUCUUUUGUGAAUAUGCUUGGGCUUUGCGCCACCUCUUUUAGGUGCACUCUGAAAGCCAACUUGCCUCUUCUAUUGAGAAGACCACAACGCAGUUAGAUCCAACCUAUCUAAAAUCUCAUCAGUGUUCUCUAGGCCAGAUGUUUUGAAUCACAUGCAGAUUGGUUGAUUCAUUUUCUAAACAUUAUCUGAUCUGGUUGGUGUACAGUAGAUUAAUGAUUCACAGCCACAAAAUGAAACUGAUUGGUAUUUAAGCAGUAAAUGUCCAAAGGUCUGAUUCUACUGCUGCUUAUGAUAAUAAACAUAAUCUAGUACAGUAUAGUGAAAAAGGUGGGAUAAACACAAUGACACAUAAUAGUGUUAAGUAGAAUGUGUAGCCUGGUUUAAUUGAAGUUCGACGCAUUACUACUGAAGUUCUACUAAAGAUGCGGCUGUCACAUGACUUAUGAAACAAGCUUGAAAGCGUAUUACUUUUUAAGAUGUGCUUGUGUUCUGCCAAUUGUGUUACAUCUGGUGUAAAAUGGGCUUUAAAACUGUUGCACAAUUAACUUUAUGUACAUGUACAGUAUAUUCUUAUUCACUUGUUUAUAUAAAUUAUGAGUUUGGGAACAAGGGAGAGGAUUCAUUCUGUAACAAUUAAUUUCUGUAACACUCCAGCCAAACAUCUUUUUAGGUCUUGAUUAUUGAUUAACUCUUUUUUUUUUUUUUUUUUUAAAUUAAUAACAUUGUUCGUUGUUGUUCUGUUUUUAUAAAUGGUCCAAGUGGAGCCUGUUCUGAACCUUUCUGUCCUUUUCAUUCCCUGUCAGGAAAUGAGUGUUAAAUGUAGUUAGGAAAAAUGGACAGCAUAUCAUGCUAACUAUUGUUACUACUAAAUAAUGAGUAAAGAUAUAAUUACACAAAGAAGAUAAUGUAUGACAAAGUCUUAUAAAUCAAGCAACUGUCCUUGUUGGAGGAGCAUAUUAAAUAAACACGUUUCCUGUG